AUGCGGCGGGCGGGCGGGUUCUCCCUGGUUGGAGGGCGCGAAAGGCGCGGACACGCAAGUGACGCCGUGGCACGUAUUUUGUUUUACAGCGGCGGGAGGCGCGCCGCAGAUAGCAAUCACGGACAAACUACACGGGCAAUGUAUAAUGCAGGGGAAACAAGCGUCAAGCACGGCGGGCGCCGCGGGAGGGGAAAGGAAAGGAAGGCGGCGUCUAUUCUCUUCCGAUGGUGCAAGGCGGCGCAAGACGUGUGCCGCCGAUCGGCCGAUCGGCGGCAGGAAGCGGAGCGUGACGGGGCGGGGGCCGGGUUGGGGCGGGGCGCGCGUCACUUGACCAGGGCGCAGUACCUCUGCAGCGCCGCACCGUCAGCGCGGUCGAGCUGCGCGGCAAACUUGGCGAACAGGGCCUUGUACAGGACAAAGUCGUACCUGAUCUUGUGCACGACCUUUGCGUACAAGCGGGCGUCCUCGAGCACGCGGCGCACGUCGAACCUUUUCGCCUUGCUGCCGUUGCGGUUGUACGCGGCCAGCCUGAGCAGGCGCGGCAGGAUGCGCUCGGAGAAGCCGAACAGGCACAGCGACAGGCGCCACUGCUCCGCCACCACGACGUGGUCGUACAACCUCACGAUCUUGUCCACGCGGUGCACCACGCCGCGCGCGUCGUCGCUGAACGCCGUCCGGUUCCGCGGCGCGUCCAUCAGGUAG